UGGGUUACACGUUGGUCACGCGAGCAGGCUUCAGAUGGAGCUAGGUAGUGAGGUGGCACAGUGUAGGCCUUUGACUCGAGACGCUAGGGCGGGCGCGGCUGAAAUACGCGGGCUUCUAGACAUGCCGUUGCCUGCGCGAGAAGGAUUAACAACUCCGAGGAGCGCUAGAGCUCCAAUAGGCCGUAGACCACCUAGUAGCCUCCCUCAUACACGUAAAAAGGAGACGCCUGAGAGUCCUCCGGAUAUGGAUUCACCAGUGGAAAGUGUUGGCAGCGAUUUGCGACGGCAAAAUGAGGAACUUCGUGCUCGUCUUGCUGGAGAAAACGCAGAUCAUAAGCGAAGAUUGGAUGCUUAUCGACGUGCUCAGCAAGGACAAGCAGCACUGGUUUCUCGUCUACAAGCAAAGGUUCUCCAAUACAAACAAAGAUGUAAUGAUCUGGAGAACCAAAUGCUGGAAACUACACCACGCAGUGACACGAGCUACCGUCCAGCCACUUCCUCUGGGAAAGCUAUUGCUCUACCGUCCUCGACCCAGCCAACGCCAUCACCAGAUUUGAGGAGAGAUGAACGCAUUACUGACUUGGAAACCGCCUUAAGAAGGCUAGAUGAGGAAAAACGCAAAUGUGAAAAGCUUGUGUCUCAGAACACUUUACUCCGUGAGCAACUGGAGGAAUCGCACCAGUUAAAUGAAGCUUUGACAAAUGAUCUGCAAAAGUUAACUAAUGACUGGGAGGCACUACGAGAUGAAAUGUCCAUCAAGGAAGAUGAGUGGAAAGAUGAAGAACAGGCCUUUAAUGAUUACUAUUCAAAUGAACAUAAUCGUCUUCUCAACUUGUGGCGCGAAGUUGUCUCUGUUAAGAGGUUCUUCUCAGAUCUACAAACAAACACUGAGCGUGAUUUAUACAAAGUAAAAAAUAAUAUUGACUCAGCUGCUAGGGAUUUGGUGGGAACUCUAAGUGGUUAUGCUAUCACAGCAUAUGCCAGUCAUGAUAAUUCCAAGCCUGAUCUUCAAACAUCUCAAACAUCAGCUCCAGGUUCGGCAAUCGAAAGCCUUCGUUCUGAUUUACACUCAAUUACCACGCAAAGAGACAAUGCUCUCUCUGAAUUGAAGGAGAGAGACACGCGUAUACAACGCUUGCUCCAAGAGCUACAGGGAUUGGAAGAGCGAUGCGAGUGUGCCGAAGCAGUUUGUUCUGAGGCGGGAAUAAUGCGCUCAGCGCUCGAGGAAGUUGCGCGUGCACUUAUUCAGGAUUCCGAAACUGAUGCUCCGCCUACACAUAUGCAUUUAGACAGGUCACCCAAACGUGGUAUAGCUCUGUCGGCAAAUCCGACAGCAUUCGCCGAAAGUACGAUAUCUGCACUACAGGCCGCGUUACACAAGUACCAGAUACAGAUACACGAAUUGCAGGUAAAACUUCAAAAUACGAGAGAACAAUUGGUGACUUGCCGAAAACAUUCCGAAACUGCGGAUUCACACGUGACGUCGUUAGAGAACAAAGUGGAAGAUUUGCAAGGAAAAUUGGAUCAAACGAAUGCAGAUUUGAACCAAAUUGUGCAAGAGCGGGAAUCACUUCAGAAGACUGUGGAAGCCUUGAGAAUUGAUAAGAAUAAUCUUGAAAGGAAUCGUGUUGAAAUUAAUGCGAUGGUGGAGUCUCUAACAUCGGACUAUGAAAAACUUCAAAAAGUAAACAAUCGUCUAGAAAAGACAAUUGAAGGGUUAGAGAAUGAAAAAAGAUCACUCAACUCGGAAGUCGAUCAUUUGCAUCGAGAACUUACUAGUAGGGACUCAGUUUUACGAACGGAGGAAGAACGUUCAUCUCGUCUCCGUAGCGAACUGGUCAGUGUUCGAGAAGAGUUGAACAAGACUGCUUUAGCUCGGGAUCUACUGGACCAGCAGAAGAUAGAGGCAGAUGCUAUACUUUCACAGAUGGAGAAGAAUAGAAGUGAGCUGGAAAUAGAGUUGGAACGGAGUCUCUUAGAACGUGGUGAUCUUCAAGACUUGGUGGAGAAGUUACAGUCGCUGAUACGCAACCUUGAGAGUGAUAAGAAGAAACUCAUUGAAGAUGUUAAACUUUUGGAAGAUGAGAAAUCUUCGCUAUCCAACCAGUCAUCAGACCUUCAAGGUGAUCUGAACUCUCUCCGGAAAGAGUUGUUAGCGGCUGAACAGCACCGGAUGGAGUUGGAGGCAGAUAAAUCAACAUUACACGAGAAGAUAAAGUUCUUGGAGGGAGAAAGAGAAAAAGUUGAGAUGGAGUUGAGACAAGUUGCCAGAGAAAGAGGAGAACUAAGCUCGCAAUUGACCGCGAUGGCCCGUAAGAAAGACACAUUGAACGAAGAAAUAAUUCGACUGCAACAAAGAUUGGAGCAAGCUAACGAAACCAUUGGUCGUCUGAACCGAUCUAUCGACGAUCACGUUAAGGAAGGUGAAGAAAAACAGAUAUUAAUAGACAGUCUAGACAAAGAUAAACAGCAUCUCCAAGAGCAAUUAGCAAGUGUACGCUCCGAGAAAGAUGCGUUGGAGGCUGUUUUGUUCGAUACAGCGAAUAUGUUGGAGGAUACUGAUAGCAAACGAAGCAAACUCGAGCACGACUUGCAGAAUACAUUAGUCCAACAGGAAAAUCUAAAAGGUCAAAUAGCACGUCUAACAAAAGAUUUAGAAUGCAGCGAGAAGAAACUACGUGAAACUAAAAAUAGUAUGCAACAUCAGAGCGGCAAGAAAGAGGCAGAAUAUCAGCAGGUUAUCACUAACCUGAAUCGUACCACAACUGAGAAUAUAACUAAACUUAAAGAAGAAAAGGAACAACUUCGUCAAGUACUGGAACAGAAGUUGAAUCAAACUAUAGCUAUGCUGUCGAGCGAGAAGGAAGUAUUGGAAGCCAGUGCGAGGGAAAGGGAGAAGAAAUUACUGGCGUCCCGCGAUCAGUUGAUGUUACAACAUGAUGAAGCUAUGCUUAGAGCUGAGAAUGAUAAGCAGCAGGCUUUGCUUAUGGCUCAUCAAGAACAACAAGCCUUAAUAGAACGCUUGGAAGAAGCAAAACGUAUAUUAGACUGUGAGCAGAACAAAUUGGAACGUGUCAAAAGAGAUGCUCAAGCCAGGUCAGAUCAGGACAGGGGUUUUAUCAACCAGCUCAAGGAUGACCUGUCGGCCUUGAAGACUCGGCUUGAGGAAGCUAAGGCGGCAGCUGAAGACGAUUGUGCGAGAUUCGAGAAUCGUAUAAAAGAAUUGCACUUGGAGAAGGAAGCAUUGAAUCGCGAGUGUCAAGAGACGCGUGCGCAUCUCUCAUUGGCUGAGGACAAAUAUGACGCCGCAUACGUACAGUUACAGGAUACUAUACGAAAAUUGAAGGAAUUGGAAAAUGAAUCGGAAAGUCUUCGUAAAGAAUUGACUGACACUCGACGCCAGCUAAGCAACUGUUCGGCGGAGAGAGAUAAAUAUAACAGUGCCUGCAAAGAAUUACGAGACCACGUAAAGAGAUCGGAGCAUGAGAGAAGAGAAGCUGCCAGAGAUAGAGAUGAGGCUUACCAUAAGAUUGCUGGAUUAGAAGAAACCCGAACAUCAUUAGAACUAGAGCUAUCUCGCGUACAGACGCUACUGAAAGAGUCUGAAACUAGUGGACAGCACGUUGAUCGGUCUUUACGGACAACAGAAGCACAAUUGAAGCGAGAAAGAGCAGCAUUGGAACAGGCGCAACAUGAUAUCAAGGAGUUGCAAUCCAGACUCCAAAACGAGAGUGAAGAACGGGAGCGUAUAUCAAACGAAGCGUGCACGGCUAAGCGUCACGGGGCAGAACUGGACGCCAUGUUGGGAGCUGCGCGCGCAGAUAUUGCCGCUUUGAGACAGCGAGGCGCUGAACUAGAAGAAGCCUGUCGGGCUAGAGAUCAAGAAUUGGUUCUCCGUUUAGAAGAUUGUCGAUCAAAGGAGCGUCGUUUAGAGGAACUUAAACAUAAUUUGGAAGUCUGCCUUGCCGACGCUACACAGCAGAUUCAGGAGCUUAAGACUCGACUUGGCGCUUCCGAAGGCCGAUGCCGCGCUGUUGAAGCAGCUUUAACCCAAAGUGAGGCGGGUCGUCGUGAUGCUGAAGCAAGGUUAUCAUCAGUUGCGCACUCAUUACGACGCGUGUGUGGAAUACAACCUGAUGGCUCUGUGCAACAGGCUGCUAGGAGGCGUUUAGCCAGCCCAGCUAGGAGAUACAGUCCACAUAGGGGUCGAGAACAUUCAGAGGACCGCAAUGAGAUUAUCGACGUAGACCCGGAGAUGAUUAAGAAAGGUGUACGGAAUCUCAUGCACGAAGUCUGCCAGAUUGAAAGGGAAAAGGAAGACUACAAAACCCAAAUGAACGUAUUUAAAAAGCAACUUAAAGAAGCCACGGAACAACAAGGUAAAGGUGAAGGUAAAUUGCAGUCAGUGAGCAGUAACCUUCGUGGAGUACAGGAAGAAAAGGCAAAAUUGCAAUCUGCUUUGGGACAAAGGGAUGCUCAGCUCAAUGCAUUGAAUGAGUCGGUGCAAACAAAGACAGUUGAAAUAAGCAACUUGCGUGACAAAAUCACCAGUUUGGAGGCAGCACUCAGUUCUGUCACUGAAGAAAAGUCUCAGAAUGAGAAUAAGUCGGAGAAUCUUCGUGGUCAACUGGCUGAACGCGUGCAAGAGGUCGCUCAACUGAGGGAAGCAUUGGCAGCUGCUGAGGGACGUGCGGCUCGUCUGGACGUCCGUCGCGCUCAGUUGGAGGGUGAUAUUCAACGUAGUGCCGUCGCUGCUAGAGAUAGGGAUCAAGCACUCAAGAAACUUCAGGACCGCUGUGACGGGUUCAUUCGUACGAUAGCAUCACUUGAAGACAGGUGUACCUCGCUCAAAGGAACAGUUGAGCAAUUGUCGACUGCCCUACAAAAGGCGGCAGCGGCCGAAACUGAGUUGAGGGCGGAGUUAAGCAAGACUCAGAGACUACUCAAUGAGGCGAAGAAUAAUGAGAACAAUGCAAUGGACAAGUUGAGGCAGAUACAGAAGAAUAUUGCAAAUUGUGAGAACGAACGCAGAGUUCUUACAGAAAAGUUGGAAAGUGCUAAAGCGGUUGCGGGCGAAUUUAAACGACUCAACUGUCAGUUGGAAGACCAAGUACACCGUCUUACAAAUCAGCUGGCAAAUCUUGAAGCGCAGAGAGCCGAUCUCGAGUCCCAGCUGCGCAUGACCACAUGGGAUGGAAAAGAGAGUGAUAGCAGUGAGUUGGAGAGAGAGCUCCACGGCCUUCAACGAGAAAGAUCAGAGCUUAAAGCGAAGAAUGACGCCCUUCAAGAUACAGUGAGGAAGAUGGAAGCUGAGAGGAGAAUGACGAGACCCUCAGUACUGAGGAGCAAGAGUCAUGAUAGAACCGAUAAGGGAGUUUAUUAUUCGGAUUUGGAUUCUGGGGCAGAUUCAUCAAAAGAGUCACAUUUAUACAAAAACUACAAAGAAAUACCAUGUAAGGACAAAGGACCGUCCUACAGUACUGAAUUAAGUCUCAUGGAAUUGGAGAACAGGGAACUGCGAAUGAAGAUACGGAGAUUGGAAAAGGAACUCGCUGAUAAGGAAUCGGAACUAUCCAUCGCUCGUAAUCGUUACCUAUCCGAUUUGUCUACGGCUGGUAGCAGGCAAGACAACGACCAGUACAAGCAGGCUGCGUUGCAGGCAGAACGGCUUUUGGAGGCAAGAGAAGCAAGCCAUAGACAGCAGAUCAUCAGAAUGGAGAAUCAAAUAAGCCAGCUUCGUACGCAGCUGUCAGCCGAGAUUCGUCGUCGGCAGUCGUACGUGGCCCGAAGCGGACGAGCGGCUCGCGACAUGCAACGGCUGCGGUCGGCUUUAGGAGACUCUUUGAGGACUGUGGCACAGGAUCCAGCCCUGGAUUCAUACACUCUAGAGCAUGAAGCUCGUAAAUUGGACAACACAUUAGCUCACAGUCUGCCGCCGCUCAACGAUAGCUUUGAUUCCAAAUAGGUUUUGAAGAAGUCUUAAUUCUAGCAGGGCUACGUGACCUUCAUAUAAGAAAGGGUAAAAUACCUAUUUACUACAAUAUUAUUUGAUGUCCUUUAUGUACGUUUACAAGAUACAGGCGUACGAUACAUGGUACACAUUUUAAAUCUGACUAGCGCCGUCACUCUGUAACUUCCAACAGCGCAAACGAUUCUUUUCGAUAUAGUUUUUUUCUAACUAUACUUAUUGAAGUCGGAAAAGCUAAGAGCUAUUAGUUACAGGGUAAUGGCCCUGAGCCGAUACUUUUAGCUAUCUAAUAGCGAUAACGAACUGUACCAGGCGAUCAUAGGUUGAGGUUCACAACAUCAGAGCUACGGAAAUUGAGUACACAAGCUUUGCAGUCGGUAUCGCUAUCACUAUUGAAAGUUACAAGUACCGUCACGUUGUUGACUAUAAGUUUAUAUGUUUGGAAUUAUUUAAACAUAUUUUAGCUAAAACCUUAAUCCAGUCUUUUCCAUUAACAAAUAUUUUCAGCAGUAGACUUUGAGAAAAAAUUUCCACCGUGGGUGUCCAUUACUGAUUCAUAACAUUACUUCCGUGCCCUUAUAAAAAAAAAUGUAUUCUUUGGUAUUUGAACAAUUUAUUUUGAAGUGCAGAUCAUUUUUAAUUCAUAAAGGUGAAUCAGCCCUUCUACACUGCACAUUUUUUUAAAAUCAGUGAUAAUAAUCUGUUAUAGCCAAUGUAUCAAACAUUAUCGAAGAAUGUUCGCUUCGUUAAUAUCAAACAUAUUAACGAAGCUAUAGUCUUCUAAUUAUCAAAUUCAUUGACUGACCUAAACUGGAAUACGAUCUUAACCUUCGUAGGCAAGGCCAUAACUAUUUACCGAACAAUGAUUAAUCACUACGUAUUUUGCAUUUACAAUAAAUGACAAAUCUUACCGUUAUCGAAUGAGUCACGUAAGGUCAUACGGAAAUACUACGGAAGCGUUUUUUUUAUGAAUGACUCAGCUGAGCAAACGAGUCUAGUUUUUAUGUUUGUGUGUUAAUAUACCUGUUUGUAUUUGACUUAGAUAUUUGAAUAUAAGAUUCAGGAAGCUCCUACUUAUGAAUGAGGAUGUCUGACCUACUGAACUCUUUCAUAAAUGUGAAUAUUUGCUUUGCGAUUUAAUUACUGUUUAAUAUUGGGGUAAUGUAGGGAUUACAGUGCGUUUAGGGUAAGAUUCAGAAACGAGAUUCUAAGUCUAACUCCCGUAAGACAAAACUGUAUUGGAUUUUGGUAACGAGGGUUUCGGUUCGCGUUUCUGAAUCGAACCUUAAAAGUAUCUCGUACAAAACACGAUCACACUGGAUAUUAAAUUAAAUUGUAAGUCGAUGCGGCAAACUUUCUAACAGUAAAUUCGAAAUAUCGCGUAGCAAUUCUAGCUACUAAUUUAGUGAAUAUAAUAUGUCCAGGAUAUUGCAAGUUUGUACCGAUACAAAUAUAAUUUCGACUAGUCUAGUGAUAGUUCUAAAAUAAUUUUGGUUUGCCUUGUCACUCAGCGGUUGGCAUUAUCUGCGUAAUUAUGUCAAUCGCUUUUUUUAAUUUACAUUAAAAGUAAAAAUACAAGGUGAGGGCAGACGGGUCACUGUACGAGCUGUUUAACAAAUGGUAUCGGCAUAUUAUAUCAUGUUGGGUAUCACUUCCCGUCAUAUCAUACGCUCACCGGAAAUACUAAUCCACUAUUUUUUUAGUAAAAACAAAUACAAUUCGAUUUUUAAAAAAUUUGAUCCAGCCAAGAAAUUAAUGAAAGUUGUACACCACCGCUCUGAUUUUAACGUGCGAAUAGUAACGGUGUUAUGAGAAAGAGUUCGUAUAUCGAACUGUUAAUUUUAAAUGUCUCGCCCGCAUCAUACGCUUCAUCUUAAGUUAUUAAAUAGAUUAAUAAAAUGUUGACGAUACUCGAUAAAGCUUUUAUCUAACAAUAGCUACAUACUAAAUUAUAAUGGUGGGCGUAACAUUAUCUUCAACUUUCAUAUUUGGGCAAUAAGUUGAUGACACUGACUUGAAAAUUUAAUGUAUUCAAACCGCCUCUUCGUUCAUAGCAGUUUUUAAUUGAAAUAAAUAUUUGUAUAGAUUAAUGAGUUAGCGCAUAUAAUACAUAAUUUUCGGUUAAUAACAAAAUGUUACCAAGUGUGUUUGACCUUCUCUGACCCCAGGAGAAUCAUUCCUGCACUCGUUAAUAAUGUAAAUUGAAUGUAACGUGGGUCGAAUUGAGGUGCUGCGACUAGACAACUCGCAUUAUUUUAGUCAUCGCCCUGUUAUCAAUUUCCCCAAUAUUGAUCUAGUCACUUACUAGUCCUAGUGUUAAGGUUUAACUAAAUUUACGCAUGAAUAUGUAUAUUUACUUUCCUUACUAAAUUCGUAAAAUUGAUCAAAACAGUACUAAUAAUCGUUACUGAAAAUAAUAUUAAUCAUAUAUACCAAUAUGGUUUACCCCACUGUUGUAAUACAUAUUUAAAGUAAUAACACGUAGUCAGCACAUAAUUUACUAGAAUUACGUAUAUGCCCGACCUUGUGAUUGAUUAUAAUAAAGGAAAAUCAUCAGAAAUUGAACUGUAUGGUACAUUUAGAACAAAUAUAUCUUUGUAAAAUUUGAAGAUAUACAAUAUUUAAGCGUUUUAUAACUUGUUUUAGCAGAAAUUUUUAUCUAUGUUAAAUUUAUCAUCGAGUAAAUAGAGCUGAUACGUAAAAUUGGAAAUGUGUUGUGUGUGCAGGCUCCUUAAUUUUUAACAUUCAAUAACGUUUAUACAUUUUACAACUAUGUAGUUUAGCAGUGUUUGUCACUUAGAACAUAAUUACAACAUAUUACACAAGUUUUUUGAUUGUUUAAUGUGGAUUUCUAUACGCAUUUCGUGGUGAGCUCGAUCUAUGUACGAGACCUUGUUUCAUCAUAAGAAAAGCGUUGUAAUUAAGAACAUAUGUUUGUAUUUUAUAAAUUAGAUCACUUAUUUUAUAGGUCAUAGUUAAUAAGGCGUAUUGUGUUCAUUUCCAUUGGACUGUGUCAAUUCUUAUGUUACUAGAAUAUCGACAUACGCCCGCCACAUUUCACUGCCAUUUUUUUAUCAUUGUAACUGUAGUUUAGUUAUCACAUUUUAUGAUACCCUUUUUACACACGGCAAUUUAAUAAAUAGAUAUAGAACA